AUGAGUAUAGCGACAUCCAGUUUCUUCACAAACAAUCUGAAUUCUUUGAAUUCACCCUUUGGAUCUACUUCAACGUUGAUUGAUGAUUCUAACCUGGACUUCUUGGCUCCUCCAAACAAGCCUCAGAAACAGAAUCUUCAGAAUCAGAAUUCGAAUGGAGUGAAGAACAACAAGUCGGCCACAACCACAGUGCAAGGCCCCCUGGCUAUUUUGAGUCCAUCUUCGAAUUCCCAUUACUUUGAAGAGAGAAGAGUGCCAGUAAGCAGAGGAGAAGAUCAUGCUGUCAAAAUAGGACGAGCGGUUGCCAGAAUCCAACCGAGUCUCAACAAUGCCAUCUUCGAUUGCAAAGUAAGUUUAUUUUACAUUUCCGAUGAUAUUGUGUAUGUUGGCGGAUGAUUCAAUUACAUACAGGGUCUUUCAAGAAAUGUGCAGGAAAGUAGGAGGCUAUAACUUUCGGCGGAGGCGGCGCAGAGAGUUCGUUUUUGAAAUAUGUAUUUUUCAGUGACAUUAUUUUUUGCCUACAAAAUAACAAGCUUUUAGAGUGCAAACUGAGGUCGCUACGACCUUCUGAAGUAAAGGCAUCUCUACCCCGAAAGCCAGGGUUUUUCGGUUGAAAAUGGUCGAGAAAUUUCAGAGUUUUUCGGUCCAAAAUCACCGAGAAAUUUGGGGGGUUUCGAUAGAGCUGACGUUGAAAACAGGGAAGGGAAUUGCCAACACGUUGAAAAUUAAGCAAAUAUUCGGCUGCUCUUCAUUCUGACACUUUGGCUAGCCAACCAGUUUUUGUUAGCAGUUUAAAAGUUUGGUUGUCAUUCCUGUCCUUUGACGCCCAUUACACCCUUUGACUAUUUUUUAUAAGACUUUACAGCCAUUCUGGUGCCUUGGCUAGCCGAUUCCAGGUUCCUCAAAUCCCUAAAUGAUGUCACGCUUCUUCGCGGAAGAUACCGAAAAAUAAACUCGAAAUCUGCCCCAAGUUGAGGCUAGCCGAAUAUUUGCUAAAUUUCCAACGUGUUGGCAACAUCCUUUCCUUUUUUCAACGUCAACUCUAUCGGAACCCCUGAAAAAAUCCGACAUUUCUUGGUGAUUUUCAACCGAAAAAGACCGAAAUUUCUCGAUCAUUUUCAACCGAAAAAACCUGGUUUUCGGGGUAGAGAUGCCUUUACUUCAGAAGGUCGUAGCGACCUCAGUUUGCACUCGAAAAGCUUGUUAUUUCGUAGGCAAAAAAUAAUGUCACUGAAAAAUACAUAUUCCAAAAACGAACUCUCUGCGCCGCCUCCGCCUAAAGUUAUAGCCUCCUACUUUCCUGCUCAUUUCUUGAAAGACCCUGUAAUUAUUGCAGGUCUUGUCCCGAAACCAUGCACUUCUAUGGUUUGAUGAUGGCCACUUUUAUAUCAAGGACACGCGCAGUUCGAACGGAACUUUCGUAAAUAAUCUUCGUUUGUCCAGUUCCGGCGAAGAGUCAGCUCCCAGAAUACUUUUUUCCGGAGAUGUCCUUCAGCUGGGCGUGGAGAUUGUGGACAGUUCUAAGAAUGGCAAGAAAAUUUGCAUAAGAUUAAUGUAUUUUUAGUGGCCAGUGGCUGUAUAACAUGUGUGAUCAAAUUGAUCGACGACAAAGGCAAAGAGCUUCUCCCGGACAUUCCCAAUGGCGUCCUCACCCGUCCUUCGGUCUCAGUCGCUCAUGAGGAAAUCCCUCCAAAUCAUACUCUUAUCAGCAAUGAAAAGUUAUUCUUAUUGUCCCAGUAUAUGAAGGAGAUCAACUUCAGAGAGAAAGUGAGAGAUUUUAUAGUUUUUUUAUAUUGAUUUAGUUACUUAAAAACAAAUUGAAAACUCUGGAAAACGUGCUGGCCACGACACGGGAAGCCGCCGAAACUGGAUGGCAAGCCUUGAUCAAUGAAGAGAGACUGCUCUCCAGAAUUGAAAUCCUGGAGUCACAGUUAGCUGUUUUAUCCACCAAGGGAUCCACAGUUUCAUCAAUAUCCGAGGUCCGUGAUGAAAUCAAGCAAGCGUUUGACGAUCGAAUCAAGGCCGAACUUGCAGCCAAGGACUCCAUUCGGUAGGGAUUGGUUUUAGAUAUUUAUUUACUUGUUUGUAAAUGUGUACGAUUUACAUUUCAGUCGGGCUGAGGAACAAUUAUACGAGACAUCGAUGAGAGUUCAUGAAAUGGAAAAUGUUGUGAUGAACCUGGAAGAGGAGAAUCAAUAUCUCAAAAAGCGAUGUGCCGACUUUGAAGGUGAAGUCAGUAAUCAGAGAGAAGAGAAUAGCAAUCUCACCAGCCAUGUUAAGCAGUUGAUCAAGGAGAAUGAAGCCGUAAAGGCAGAGAAUCAGUUAGCUUCCACUUCAAAACCAUUGUUUAUGGUCAGUAAAGUGGACAGUCAGGAACACAAAGAAAACAGCCGUGUUAAUGGUAAGUUAUAAAAGUUUUAUUAUGUCUUAUUUGUUCUAUGUUUACGUAAGGGAAUAUUGAUUCAUUUGGUUUCAGAAAGCUCUAACGAUAAGGCCAAAUCUCCAUCCCCAGAUGACCAGACCGAGCUUUGUUCUCUGACCGAUGCCAAACCGGCGACCGCCCUCUUGAAGCCUCCUGUCUUUUAUCAAGAAGCUCAGGUUCAAACUGAAGACGUCUUCAACACUUCCAGCUCUACUACUGCUGACUCUUCUUCUGUUUCCUCAGGCAAUCCGAAUGAAUCGCAGGGAAGUCGAAAUCGAGAUCAGGAAGCAGAAUAUCUUAUCUACUCGGUUCUCCCAUUAGCUCUGAUUUUGGCUUGGCUUCUUUAUCCGUUCAAUGUGGCUGGAAAUUACGUCAACCGUUGGAUUGGAUAUGGCAAUCAGGCUAUUGAUGGAACUGGAAAGACAUUAACCGAUGAAAGUCAGAAGACUGACGAAGGAUCUGAGAAAGGUGAUGAUCUGAAGGAUAAGACGGCAUCAAAAAGUUCUAACGAGAAAAAGAAGGAAUGAAUAAUUUUUAUUAUGUAAUAUUAAUUUAAUGAAUUUAUAGAGUGCUCGCUUCCUUGA